GGUUAAUCAUUUCCUCCGUUGACCCGCCCGGGAAUUACUGAACUUCCAGCAGCUUUUCAGUACUGCUCCUUUAACUUGUGAGCCGAUUUUCAGCGAGCAGCAACUUGUUACAGGCUCAGCGGUCCUCCCUCUGCUGGAUUAUUUAUCAGGCUCUCCGUCCAAUGUCGCCAUCUGCUCGAAGGAAAAAAAAAAAACACAAUAGGACUCUUCGAGCCACAUGAUAGGAGACAUUAAGUAGAUAGAAAAAGUAAACACACAAAAUAUAAAUAGUUUAUAGGACUUAGAAGAUCUUGUGCAACAGGUGCUCAGGAGAAUCCUGCUUGUCAGAGCUGAAGCGGAUAACUCAUUCAGCAAAGCAGAGGUUAGUUCAAACAGCGUAAGAUGCAGUGAGUUUUUAAAUCCAGUAUGUAAAGAAGAUGAUAUCUGUUUAUUUCUGGGACGGAUUCCGCUGUUUAUCGUCGCUUUAUAGAGACCUAUGGAGCAAUAACCGAGCUUGUCCACAGAAUUAACCCGGUGACUGACAUGUUCAGAGGCUUUAUGGAUGCAGCGCUGCUAACCCUGUCAGCCCGGUGAACUGAGUCAGGGAGGGGGAGGGGGUCAGAGCAGGCAACCGAGGGACGGAGCCGCCUAACCCGCAGCCGGCUGCAGCCAUGGUGGUGGAGGGCGACAGGACGCUGGUGGCAGCCAGGCAGGGAGACGUGCAGGCGCUCAAAACGCUCUUAGCAGCGAAGGUUCUCAGCAGCGACGUGAAGGAUGUUCUGGGGGCUUCACCGGUCCACCACGCCGCCCGGGCCGGGAAGCUGACCUGCCUGCGUUUUCUGGUGGAGGAGGCAGGGCUGCAGGGUAACUGCCUGGCAAACAACGGGGCCAGUCCGGCCCAUGAUGCGGCAGCCACGGGCAACCUGGCCUGCUUACAGUGGCUGCUGACCCAGGGGGGGUGUCGGUCGGAGGACAAGGACAGCUCUGGAGCCACGGUUCUCCACCUUGCGUGUCGCUUCAGUCACUACGAGAUCACCGAAUGGCUGCUGAAGAGCAGUGAGGUGGACCCCGGGGCCUCCACCGACACAGGAGCCCUACCUGUUCAUUAUGCAGCUGCCAAGGGAGAUCUGGCUUCUCUCCGACUGUUACUGGGACACAGCCCAAAUGUUAUCAACUCCCAAACUAAGAAUGGUGCCACGCCGCUCUACCUGGCCUGCCAGGAGGGUCAUCUGGAGGUCGUCCAAUACCUGGUCAAGGACUGUGGGGCAGAUCCGAGCAUUAGAGCCAACGACGGGAUGACGCCUCUGCAUGCUGCUGCUCAGAUGGGCCACAGCACCGUCAUCGUUUGGCUGAUGAGUUUCACAGACAUCAGCCUGGCGGACAGGGACGGCGACGGGGCCACGGCCAUGCACUUCGCAGCCAGCCGCGGCCAUGCAAAGGUGCUCAGCUGGCUGCUGCUGCAUGGAGGAGAGAUAAUCACCGACAACUGGGGAGGGACCCCUCUUCACGACGCAGCGGAAAAUGGAGAACUGGAGUGCUGUCAGAUACUUGUGGUAAACGGCGUGGACCUGGGCAUUCGGGACCAGGACGGCUUCACAGCUGCGGACUUGGCUGAAUACAACGGCCACUCCCAAUGUGCCAAGUAUCUGCGCACAGUGGAAAACAUGAGUGUGGAGCAUCGGGUUCUGUCUCGAGACCCUUCGAUGGAGCUCGAGUCCAAGCAGCCGGACUCGGGCCUCUCCUCCCCGAACACCACCAUGCCUCCAGCCAGCCAGGCAGCGCCCUUCGACAUCGGCUCGCCGUCCAGCUCACUGUCCAACUACGACUCUGCCACCUCCAGCCAGUCCAGCACCGGAGAGAAGAGAAGCAGCCUUACAAUGUCUCGAGGACCUCCCACCCAGCUAAACACAGUCGCACAUCAAGGUGCAUCAGAGUCCGCCAUUUCAGACAUGCAGGCCUACAUGGACAUGCUGAACCCAGACAUCGGCGCUGACACGGCCAACAGGAACGAGAUCAAAGCUGACGGUGUACCCAACCCUCCAACUUAUCCACCUCCACCUCCCCCUCAAGCUCCGCCAGAUCUCCCUCCAGCUCCGAGCUACCCGGCGCCUCCGCCCCCUCAGGAGCCUCAGUCGGCCGAGUUCCUGAAGGUGAAAAGCAACUUGCGGCACGUGGACAGCAAAAGCAGCAAAAAGGAGCUGACUCCUGGGGAGAGCCACGAGAAACUGCGGCGAGUGGAUUCAAACAGGAAGUCGAGGAGCUUCAACAAACAGCCCAGCACUGGGGACUACUACAAGAGUCUGGGCAACGACACGGCGGAGCCCCGUGGGAGCAAAGGCAUGGCGCCCAACGAGGAGGGUUCGGUAUUAUUGGAGGAGCCUACAGAGAGUCCCGCCCCCACCUCUGAAAAUGGCACCACAGAGGAAUCUGUGUCGCCUCCACAGCCGCCUCCACCGCCUCCUCUCCCCCCCAGCAAUCCGAUGCCAACGCCCCCUCCUCCUCCUCCGCUACCCACCGGGGCACAAACCACCCAGAACAACGGCAGCACCGCCCCCAGCUCCACCGACAACAGGCGCCCAUCUUCCUCAUCAGGAAGCACAAAAUCUUUCAACAUGAUGUCCCCCACCGGAGACAACUCAGAGCUGCUGGCAGAGAUCAAAGCCGGAAAGAGCCUCAAGCCCACGCCUCACAAUAAAGGCUACACCACUGUGUUCUCCAACACGGGGACAACAGGCAACAAUGGAACCACCACACCGCCAGAGACCCAAACAUUUACCCCACCCACCAAGCCACCCUCCCCUCCACAAUCCAGCCCGCCCGUCACCCCGAGUCCCAGUCCCAGUCCCACUGGUUCUAGGAACAUGUCAGGCUCUGCGAGCUACGAGCAGCUGUCCUCCAACUCCGUCGUCAAUGGGGACGGCGGAGCUGGUGCGGCGCAGCCAGAGUCGGAAAGGAAGACGAGCCUCGCCGACAUUGAGGCGCUGGUGCCCACUCAUGAUGAGCAGGGGAAAGCCAUCCCCGAGUGGAAAAGGCAGGUGAUGGUGAGGAAGCUUCAGGCCAAGAUGCAGGAGGAGGAAGAGCACAAACGCAAGGCUGAAGAGGAAGCAAAGCGCCUGGCUUCAAUGCCAGCCUGGAGGAGGGACAUGAUGAAGAAGAAGAUGGAUGAGGAGAGAUGUGGCAGGGAACAAAAAAGAAAAGCAGAACAGCAGGCCAAACAGGCAAAGGAGUGCGAGGAGAAGCAGGAGCUGGAGAGGCUACGGACCUUGGGCUACGAUGAGACCAAGCUGGCCCCCUGGCAGCGGCAGAUCAUUCUGAAGAAAGGGGACAUAGCCAAAAAGUGAACUGGACCGUUUGCCCUGCAGCGUUCUGCGCCCUCGCACACUCGGUCCAAAGUGUCUCCCUCCUCCAUUCUUUAAACCCACGCCGAACAGACAGAGGUGAGGAGAGCUCGUCUCCAACCCCUCCUGAAACUCUGUUGUGUCACUCUUCGGGGCCCCGCAGUAACUGCUUCCUGUCCACACACAAGCUCUGAGACUCGGAUCGGGCGAAACACAGCAGAGUGAUCCUACACCUCUUUCUAAAAGUCUCAUGGACACAAAUGAUUGUUUAGCAAGGCAUUUCUGACAUGCACUGACCCUCUUUUUUUUUCAUUUUCUUUGCUAAGGCACUAGUUAAAGAACACUAAGUCAAAAUCACAGCUGGUGUAUACUUACAUUUCUACAAAACUGCUAAUUAUUGGAUGAUGUGUCACGUAGGAGAUUGAAGUUUUUUGGUAGAUGAAUCAGAUGACGUAUGAGGCUGUUGUUGCUAUGAAAUUGUCUAUUUUUCAGACUGUAAUCGAAAGAAAAGUAGUUCAGAUAUAUAAUUUGCAAUCAAUAGGCAGCCAAUUAAUAAGAAUGAACAGUGUCCCAUCGAUGUUUCAUCUUAGUCACAACAUUUAGUGUCAAGCUCACAGAUGCAUUGAUUGUGCUGUUGCAGGACAGUUCAGCUGUUUAAAGGCGAGGUUUUCAUAGAAGAUUAUAAGCAGUUGAUAUCUUACCCAUCUCAGUCGCUUCAUUUUGUAGAAAUCCUGAUUAGCUGGUCUAGGAGAAGGUACACUAUUAUACUUUAAAUUAUCAUUACGAUUGGAUUGGAAGGUUGUUUACCCCAAAGCUGGUGAUUAUUUACACACAAAUGAAUGACUGAAGGUAGUGUGAAGCACCCUGGGGUCCUCUGGAGAGCUUUACAAUUACAGGCCAUUUGCACAGGAAGCUGAGGUUGGAGGACGUGUGUUACCAAUAAUCUUCCUGCUGGAAAUUCAACAGAAAAUGUAAAGCAUCUCUGGGGACAAAAAAAAAAGUAAUUUUUUUAAGGAAAUGCUUUGCAUGUUCCACUCUCAGUUCAUUUCCGACAGGAAAAUCCUUGAUAGCAGACCACUUCCUACCUCUGCUUUCCCAUGUAAAUAUUCAUCAGAUUCCAUAGAAAUACCCACUCAAUGCAAAUAACUAGACAUUGAUCCCUGUGACUUCUGCUGGCAAGACAUUCGUUUCUUAUGACCUCUUAAUAGAGCCUCAAUUAAACCUGAAUUAUCCCUUUAAUAUUCUGCCAGUGUUUUGGCAGAAACUACCGCCGGUUGUUUCGUUUAUAUUCCGCCUCAGAGCUAACAUUUUAUUAAUGUUCAUUCGAUAAGGUCAUUUUCCAAAGAAUCUGGAAUAAUAAUAAGUAGUAUAAUUUUAAAUUAACUGCUAGUAGCUCUUGCAUCAGAAAAAUAAAACAAAGCUCAAAUUUAUUAUUAUAAUGUUUCAAUGUGACCGGAAUGUCAAACUACGUUGUUAAAUCAUGAUUGUGAAUUUUUUUGUGAAUCGCUGCAUUAUAAGAAUCAAACAUGUUUUUUAAUGUUUAAUAACAAGGAUACCGGAAAUCUAAGAUGGAAACCUUGAAAAAUAAGACAAAGAGCUGCGAUUCACAGGCAGCUGUCCGAUCCGAACCCAUCCGCUUGUUUCUUGCCUCCGUCCCACUGAGCUGCAGGAUGAAUCUUUGAUGAACAGAUCUGCUUACACGUCACAGAGGCCGCUCUGUCUUCCACAGCCGGGCUCACUAAUGAUGAACUACACUGCUAGCUAGGUGAGUUGAUGUGCUUUAGCAUUCUCAAAAUUAACACUAACCAGUCGCAUGCAUAAGAUGAGGGAGACGUCUGAAAAGUACUGUAUGAUUCACUUUUAGACAUUCAGAGAUCUUUUGUCCAGCCUGAGAACUAUUUCAUCAUUUCUUCCUUUCCAAAUUUUAAAAUACUUUUUGCAAUCCAUAAAACAUUACAACGGUGUUAAUCUGUUUAAAGCAGUGGUUCCCAAAGUCUGGGUCAGGACCCCAAUAUGGGUCUUGAAACACCAAGUGUGUGGUCUAAGAUUGUCUAAAGAACUUGUAAGUCAAACUGAAAAAUAAUUAUUUGUUCCAUUUUUUUUUACCUUAAAAGUUAUAAUAAAAAAAUAAAGGUAAAAUCUGUAGUUGUUAAUGGAUUAAAAUAGUGUAAUAGUUAAGGCUGUCUUGUAGCUACACUCAUUAAAUGGGUCAUUAGUUAUGUUUGUGCAUAUCAAACAGCAAUACUCAAUUUUGUGGGUUAGAAACUGAAAAAAAAAUGGGAGACACUGGUUUAAAGGUCAUUAGAAAAUAAAUAUUUUUGAAAUAGAGCACGCAUCGUUGCAUUUACAUUUAAUAACGUUCUUUUCUCUUUUUGUAAUCUCAUCAUUACAAAUAAUCUCUUUAAUUCAUCUGGUCGGGUUUGAUUGAUCAUUUGGAAAUAUUCUGACUCACUUCUCAUCAGAUGCCAUAUGAUAUUAAAAUUUAAAAUAAUGUACGUCAUUGCCAUUUAAUUUUCUAUACUUAUAUUAAUAUAUAAACUCUGUACAUAGUGACCCUUAGAUUUUAUUUUAUUUUAUUUUUUUGUCAUUUCAUUUUUUCCAGAUUUCAUUAUAUUUCAUGUCCCAGCCUCGCUUGGAUGUAGAAUGUUGGCUUCUUUUCUUGUCAUAAUAACUUCAGACUGAUAAAAAUGAGCAGAAUAAACCUCAGAUCAUUUAAACGUA